AGCUUUGCCCAUUAUGGCCAAUUCGGAAGUAUUUUGGCCCGAGAAUAUACACGGAGUCUCUGCAUAGCCUAUCGGAUUCCAGGAUGCAAUACGCAUCUAAAUGAAAAUAACGCGAGCCCUUUCACUAAUCCUUGUCUAUCCUUUUUAUCUGGGGGCUCAUAGCAGUCAGAUCACUAUGGGACAUCGAGGCAGGAAGACAAUGUCAUGUUGCUGAGGUGCUUCUAAAUGCGCAAAGGUUCUAUCAAUAUCGGUAGAUUCGGGGGGCGUGUAGUCCUGUGCGGGGGGAGCAACAUGUUCCUCACGUCUGUUUUGAGUUUUCUGGUACUGAUAGCUAGCUUGCCCCUCGUUUGGACUUCUUGUCCUUCGCAGUGCAGCUGUUUUUACCACAACUUGAGUGACGGAUCCAGGGCAAGGAGCGUUAUUUGCAAUGACCCAGAAAUUUCAUUGGUGCCUGCCAGUUUUCCCGUCGACACUUCUAAGCUUAGGAUAGAGAAAACUGCCAUCAAAAGAGUUCCAGGCGAAGCAUUCAACUACCUCUCAAAUUUGGAAUUCCUGUGGAUGUCUUUUAACGCAUUAUCCUUGGUCAGUCCGGACAGCUUCCGUGGUCUGGACAGCCUGGAAGAGCUGAGACUAGAUGGCAAUGCUCUAUCAGCGUUUCCAUGGGAAUCACUAACGGACCUGCCUAGCCUCAGACUCCUUGAUUUGCAUAACAAUCAGAUUUCAUCAAUUCCCUCCGAGGCAACAUUAUACAUUAAAAACCUGACCUACCUAGACCUCUCCAGCAACAAUUUACAGACUGUACCAUCAGAAGUUCUUGCUACCUGGUUAACAGUCGAACCUACACCAGGGGCAGAUUCCAAAAUGAUUUUAGGUCUUCAUGACAACCCGUGGGUUUGUGACUGCCGUCUGUAUGAUCUGGUCCAGUUCCAGAAGUCUCCGUCACUACUGGUGGCGUUCAUUGACACUCGGCUGAGGUGUUCUGACCCAGAGAGUCUCUCGGGUGUACUGUUUAGCGAUGCUGAGCUGAGGAGGUGCCAGGGUCCCAGAGUUCACACGGCUGUGGCUCGAGUCCGCAGCCCGGUUGGCAACAACGUCCUCUUGCGCUGUGGCACCAUCGGCAUCCCUAUCCCAGAGCUGGCCUGGAGAAGAGCAGAUGGGAGGCCUGUGAAUGGGACAGUUGAGCAAGAAAAUUCAAAGGAGGGAAUUGUGUGGUCAAUUUUAAGCGUUCCUGCAGUCUCAUUUCAAGACUCUGGGAAAUACAUCUGCAAAGCAAUCAACUAUGCUGGGAGUGCAGAGGCUGUCAUCUCCCUGAUGAUAACGGAUUCCCCAAAGACAGAAAACCAAACAGUCAGUCCAAAGAAACCGAGAGCAAAGAAACCAAAUGCUGGGGGGAAAGCAGCCUAUCAGGAAAAGCUUGUUGCAAGAUAUGUUUCUCCAACAACCACUCUUGCGAGUCCUUUCAUCAAGCCAACGCAGUACACAGGCCCCUACCCCGGGGAGAGCUACACUGCCACUGACAAUGGUGCUAACGUACAGACCACUGGCCCCGAUGGGCUGCUGGAAACCAACCUGAGCAAUCUGGCUGCGAACACAUCGUCCCUGCAACAAGACCCUACCAGAGUGGUGCGCUCUGUGAAGGUCAUUGGUGACACAGACAAUACUAUCUCUCUGAACUGGAGAGCCCCGAAGGCCAAAAACACCACUGCAUUCAGUGUGCUCUAUGCAGUAUUUGGGGAGCGGGACAUGCGCAGAAUUAAUGUCAACCCAGGCAACAACAGAAUUACCAUCGAGGGCUUGGUGCCAAAGACCAAAUACAUUGCCUGUGUGUGCGUCAAGGGACUGAUCCCCAAAAAAGAGCAAUGUGUAAUCUUCUCAACAGAUGUGGCUGCCAUCGCUAAUGGAACCCAAAAGCUCAUUAAUGUAGUUGUAAUCACGGUUGCUUGUGUCAUAGCAGUUCCACUGACGGUGAUCGUCUGCUGUGGGGCACUUAAGAGGAAAAUCCAAAAAUUGCUGGGAAAAAAGUCAGUCAAGGACAUUCAAGACUCUUAUGUCACAUUUGAGACUCUUUCUCCUGGCACAAAAGCCAAAGGCCUGGAGGGGGAGUACCUGACCAGACUAAACCCUGAGGAAUCAAACAGACUUCUGUCGGCCAGAUCCAGCCUGGAUUCAGAGUUGACUGCUAAGAUUGAGGGACAGCCGAAUGAGUACUUCUGCUGACAGAGUGCGCUGGUCAUGGGUGUCUCCUAGCACCUCGACUCUGACCUGAGUUUGCGUCUCCAGCGCAACAUAGAACAUGAGUCCAUUCAAUAGAGACGCAUUUAUGCUGCCAAAGGCAAUAAGAAGUUCAGUGACUCCCAACAAACUUCUUUGUUGGGAUUUUAAGGAUCU